GCAACGAUGGAUUUCAUGACGAUUUUCUAAAAAAAUAAAUAAAUAAUAGUAAUUAUUAUUAUUAUUAUAAAAGUGGCUUCCAGUAAAAAUGUAACUCGGACUUUGGUGACGUUUUGUGCUCCAAGUUUGAAAUAGUGAACAUGUUUUAUUUCCCGACAACCUUGUGAGCGUAAAGAGGAUGGAUAACGUAACCAUGUCAGCUGCAGAGGGGACCGCUGGGUGUCCCCUGGUCUCUGAGGACAUGGAGGGGAUCUGCGUGAUGCCUGAUCUUAGGGCCAUAAAGACUGAGCAGUCGGUCGGUCCGACCCCCGAUGAGCCAAGCCCUCAAAAUGUGGCCAUGGGCAUCAAGUUUAUUCUCCCCAACCGCUUUGACAUGAAUGUCUGCUCCAGAUUUGUAAAGUCUCUCAACGAGGAGGACAGCAAGAAUAUCCAGGAUCAGGUGAAUUCUGAUCUAGAGGUGGCUUCUGUUUUAUUUAAAGCUGAAUGCAACAUCCAGACAUCCCCAUCACCAGGGAUACAAGUACGUCAUGUUUACACGCCAUCCACCACCAAACAUUUCUCACCAAUUAAACAGUCCACCACACUGACCAACAAACACCGCGGCAACGAGGUGUCCUCAACACCGCUUCUGGUCCAUUCUUUAUCCAUUCAUCAACUGGCAGCCCAAGGAGAAAUGGUGUUUCUGGCCAGUAGAAUUGAACAAGAGACUGUAAUCAAUCUCCAAGACGAGGAAGGGUUCACGCCUCUAAUGUGGGCAGCGGCACACGGACAAAUCGCUGUCGUUGAGUUUCUGCUACAAAAUGGGGCCGACCCGAACCUGCUGGCCAAAGGGAGGGAAAGUGCGCUGUCGCUGGCCUGCAGUAAGGGAUACACAGACAUAGUGAAGAUGCUUAUCGACUGUGGGGUGGAUGUCAACGAGUACGACUGGAAUGGAGGGGCCCCUCUGCUGUAUGCUGUCCAUGGAAACCAUGUGCGCUGUGUGGAGAUCUUGUUAGACAGUGGUGCUGAUCCUACGGUAGAGUCGGAUUCAGGAUUCAAUGCAAUGGAUAUGGCUGUGGCUAUGGGCCAUCGAAACGUUCAACAGGUGAUGGAAGCCCACCUACUGAAGCUACUGAUGGGAAUCAGAGAGUGAACUCCUGGAGGAUGAUCCUUAUGGGACAUUGUUUGGUGCUGGACAAUCAUGUAGCAUGUCCCAGAAUAUUUAAGUCUCAAAAGAUAAUCAAGCAGUGUUGUAAAAUGUUAUUUAUUUCAUUUUGUGCACCUGUUGCACGUGAAGGUUGUGCUGCACUUGUUUUCAGUUCUAACUCAUUUAUUCUCUGCUCUUUAAUGUUCUUCUGCUGUUCUGCUUGGAAUCUGGAGUGUGGAACAAGCCUACAGGACACCUGCUGCAUAAAGUGCACUGCAGGGCGAGUUUAAUUUGGCUAAAAUUCAGCAAAUGAGUGGUUUAUAAAUUAUAACCCUGUUUUCACUGGUUUUUAUAGCUUUAUUAACCAUGAUGAAACCAUUUCUAAAGCAAAAAUAAAAGGUGUCUUUGUAAUAUCUGUUCCUUACAGCAAGCACAUUUCAGAGGCACAUCGAACUGUGAGAUCAAGAAGCUGCCAGCCUAUCUGGGGAUUUAUUUAUUUGAAUUUAUUACGACCAUCGUAGGGUCUGUUGUGUUUAUGUACAGUGAUGCUUAGAUGUUUAGUGAAAUUUUAACGACCGUACACUGCAAAAAAACAGCCCAACGUGGUAUCGUGGUGCUUUUGACGGUUUCAUAUCAACGGCUUUGUGCAUUAAAACGGUCGUUUUUAUCCUGUCUGGUCCUUUUUUCUACUUCUUAAAUUCUUUUAUUUUUCAAAAGCUGUUUUCAAACAGAAAAACAGUUAGUUGCCUCUAACCUCUGGCCAAACACAGACUUGAUAAAGUUGUUCUGGUGUUAAUUUAUUUAGAA